CGGCUUUCGGUUUGUAGAAGCGAGCGGACAUAUGUUUUGCCUCUCCUUUCCACCAAGUGAUUUUAUGAGGACAGCUAUACCGUCUAUACUUACUACGUUUAUGGUUUAGCGAACUUUAUCGUGUUUACGUUAUCACUACAGUAUUAUAUCUUAUUCACUGUUUCAACAAUUCUCGUUAUAAUUUGUGAUCAUUUUAGUGAAUAAUCAUGGAAAAAUGGAUGGAAGAGAAAUUGUCCGAAUUACUGAAUUAUCCUGUCUCGGACGAUCUAAUCGAAUUUAUUAAAAAAAUAGAAAAUGAAAGAGAUUUAGACUCUUUCUUUGAUACUUUUCUGGACAACAAAAAUCCGAAACACAAACAAUUUGUAGUGGAAUUAAAGAAGCAGCGUGCGAUUUAUAAUAAUCAAGCUGGAUACAGAAAAACAAAUGACAAUGAUAAUGUACUCAAGAAGCAAAAUGAUAAGAAAAAGGGGAAAGCCAAAGGAAGAGAGAAUGUUCAGAUGCAAGAAGGUGCAAAGCCUGAAAUAAAGUCUGACAAAAUGGAAAAGAAAAAGACUAAAUUUGUCAAUAUAUUAUCCCAUGGAGAUGUACUUUUGAAAGGGAGACACAAGUGCGACUGCGAAGCAAAGAGACAUACAUUAGUUAACAAUUGUUUCAAUUGUGGCAGAAUAAUUUGUAAACAGGAAAAUGUAGGACCAUGCUUAUUUUGCGGAGAACUUGUUUGCUAUCCGGACCAACAGGUGAUACUACAAAGUAAAUCUAAACAAGCAGAAAUUUUGUACAACAAAUUGAUGGAACAAAAACCAAGUAAAAGCCUUGAAAACUCUCUCAAGCAAAGAGACAAACUUCUUGAAUUUGAUCGCAACAGCGCUCGUCGCACUAAAGUGAUCGACGAUGAAUCAGACUAUUAUCAAUCAAAUAGCACUUGGCUUACUGCUACGGAACGGGAAAAGUUACAGAAGCAAGAAGCGGACAUGCAAGCUCGCAAGCAUGCGUCGCGUUUAAACAAAAGGAUUGCUAUAGAUUUUAUGGGAAGAGAAAUAGAGGAAAAUGAAUUUUUUAAUCAACCUCACACUAUGCAAUUGGAAGAAUUUGACGAAGCAAUGUGUAACGACUUUGAAAAUCUCAACGUCUGUCCCAUGAUAGAAUUUGAUCGUCCGACCUUUAUCGACUUAGGAACACUUAGAAGCAGAAAAGGCGGAAAUAAUACAUGGAGUAUGGAAAGUAGAGUUCAAGAUAAAGAAUAUCUAGAAAUGUCUGACCAAGGUCUAUGUUUGAGCAUGCAUCAGCCUUAUGCAUCGUUAUUGCUGGCGGGAAUAAAAAUUCAUGAAGGCAGGAGUUGGUAUUCUUCGCACAGAGGAAGAUUAUGGAUAGCAUCUGCUGCUAAAGUGCCUUCUGCUCAAGAAAUACAUGAUAUAGAGCAUACCUAUCGCGUGUUAAAAAGUGAAAAACUUAAAUUCCCCGAGACGUAUCCUACGGGUUGCUUGUUGGGUUGUGUAACGGUGACCAAUGUUCUGCCUCAAGAGGAAUAUAAAAAAUUAUACCCUGAAGGUGAAAACGAUAGUCCAUAUGUCUUUAUAUGUGAAAAUGCUUACACGUUACCGAUAUAUUUCCCUGUGAAAGGAAAAUAUAAGAUUUAUAAAAUGGACAAAAAACUUCAUCAAGCUGCUUCUAAAUAUUUAGAGAAAGCCAUAAAAAUGACUAAUUGACUUUCUCAUAUCAGUUAUUAAUCCUAUUUUAACAAAUUGAAUAGGAUACACUUUUUCCAAGUAUACGUUUAUUUUCAUUUUAAUAAUUUAAAUGUUACAUGCGUUCUAUUAAAAAUAAUUAUUUGUGUUUUGUACAAAAGUGUUCUCUCUGUUGAUGCAUCUAAUAAAAAUUUACAUAAAUAUAAUAUGCGUAUUAUAUUAAAUUUAUU